GGUGAGCCAUGCCUAGGUACACGGUGCACGUGCGUGGGGAAUGGCUGGCGGUACCCUGCCAGGACGGGAAGCUCAGUGUUGGCUGGCUGGGCCGCGAGGCUGUGCGGCGCUACAUGAAGAACAAGCCGGACAACGGGGGCUUCACCUCGGUGGAUGAAGUGCGAUUCCUUGUGCGCCGGUGCAAGGGCCUGGGCCUGUUGGACAAUGAGGACCUGCUGGAGGUGGCCCUGGAGGACAAUGAGUUCGUAGAAGUGGUGAUUGAAGGCGAUGUAAUGUCUCCUGAUUUCAUUCCAUCACAGCCAGAAGGCGUUUUCCUUUACAGCAAAUACCGGGAGCCUGAAAAGUACAUUGCCUUGGAUGGGGACAGUCUGAGCACGGAGGAUCUGGUCAACCUAGGCAAGGGACAUUACAAGAUAAAGCUCACUUCAAUAGCUGAGAAGAAAGUGCAGCAGUCCCGGGAAGUCAUUGACAGCAUCAUAAAAGAAAGAACAGUUGUUUACGGCAUCACCACGGGUUUUGGAAAAUUUGCCAGAACUGUGAUCCCUGCCAAUAAGCUACAGGAGCUUCAGGUCAACUUAGUCCGUUCCCAUUCUUCAGGUGUUGGGAAGCCACUCAGUCCUGAGAGGUGUCGGAUGCUCUUGGCUUUGAGGAUCAAUGUCUUAGCCAAAGGAUACAGUGGGAUUUCCUUGGAGACCCUGAAACAAGUGAUUGAAGUAUUUAAUGCCUCCUGCCUGUCCUAUGUUCCAGAGAAAGGGACCGUUGGUGCCAGCGGAGACCUUGCCCCACUCUCCCAUCUUGCUUUGGGGCUCAUUGGAGAAGGAAAGAUGUGGUCCCCAAAGAGUGGCUGGGCCGAUGCCAAAUAUGUCUUAGAAGCCCACGGAUUGAAACCAAUUGUUCUGAAACCAAAAGAAGGCCUGGCACUCAUCAACGGGACACAGAUGAUCACUUCCCUGGGCUGUGAAGCCGUGGAGCGAGCCAGCGCCAUUGCCCGGCAAGCGGAUAUCGUGGCUGCCUUGACCCUCGAGGUGCUGAAGGGCACCACCAAAGCCUUCGAUACCGACAUCCACGCCGUCCGCCCUCACCGCGGGCAAAUUGAAGUUGCUUUCCGGUUCCGGUCCCUCUUGGACUCAGAUCACCACCCGUCAGAAAUUGCAGAAAGCCACAGGUUCUGUGAUCGUGUUCAGGAUGCGUACACCUUACGCUGCUGUCCACAGGUCCACGGUGUGGUGAACGAUACAAUUGCCUUUGUGAAGGACAUCAUCACCACAGAACUGAACAGUGCCACAGACAAUCCUAUGGUCUUUGCCAGUCGAGGGGAGACAAUUUCGGGAGGAAACUUCCACGGUGAAUACCCAGCCAAAGCCCUGGACUAUUUGGCCAUUGGCGUCCAUGAACUUGCGGCAAUUAGUGAAAGAAGAAUCGAAAGGCUGUGUAAUCCUUCCCUCAGUGAGCUGCCCGCCUUCCUGGUGGCUGAAGGAGGUCUCAAUUCUGGAUUCAUGAUAGCCCACUGUACCGCAGCAGCCCUGGUGUCUGAGAGCAAGGCUCUGUGCCACCCUUCAUCUGUGGACUCACUCUCUACCAGUGCUGCCACGGAGGACCACGUCUCCAUGGGAGGAUGGGCAGCCAGGAAAGCUCUCAGGGUCAUCGAGCACGUGGAACAAGUGCUGGCCAUUGAGCUUCUCGCGGCCUGCCAGGGCAUAGAGUUUCUGCGCCCCUUGAAAACAACCACUCCGCUGGAGAAGGUGUACGACCUGGUGCGCUCCGUAGUAAGGCCCUGGAUCAAAGAUCGCUUCAUGGCCCCGGACAUCGAGGCAGCACACAGGUUGCUUCUUGACCAGAAGGUUUGGGAGGUGGCUGCCCCGUACAUCGAGAAAUACAGAAUGGAGCACAUUCCGGAAUCCAGACCGCUUUCUCCAACAGCGUUUUCACUAGAAUCUCUGAGGAAGAAUUCAGCCACAAUCCCAGAGUCUGACGAUCUUUAACGGGCUUCCUCGAGAACAGGCACAUGUGUCGGAUCUGGGCACAUCACUGGUGUGGUGACGGAGAGUCUCAGGAACCGCCCAUGAUGUGUAGAACUCAUCUCUUUUCAAACAAACUCUGGUUAAAUCAUGGCAGCAAUACAGUCAUUGAACCCAG